AGUAGGAUGACAUUGCCUGUUAACCAUUAAUCUACCCGAUGUACUAUUAGCUAAGUACAUCGCUAUCAGGGACCGCACGCAUACAAAAGGAGUAACCCUCAACAUGCAUCAUGUGUAAUUCAUGUGUGCUUACAUGUGUGAUUAUUGACAGUGUGUAUCUGACGGAUUUAAGAUGAAGACGGUAGUGUUAUUGAUAGCCGAGUUUUUCUGCUUCCAGCUGUGCCUAUGUCAGCUGAAGCAAAGCAUCAUCGAGGAAGGGGACAUGUUUCGUUUCUCCUGUGAUGUCACCGUUAACCCACAACGGUUGAUGUUUGAUCCCGUGUUCUUUGCGGUGACGAAAGGGGACGUCAUGACCGGUUUAGCAAUCAACACACGACUCGAACCUAAUAACGGUUUCCAACUUAAUCACUUUUCUACGGGACCAGAAAACAAAACAUUUGUAAUAGAAAUAUCAAAACGAGUAACACUCACAGAUUCGGGGAACUAUACCUGCGGCACAAAAGUACAAUACCACAAAACAGAAACCCUCAAGGUUAUGAAAGGGGAUAUCGGUGAGAUAUCUUUAACAUUACGGAAAAUCGAUCAAGAUGUGAUAUCAGGACCGGAAGUCACAGUAAACAGAGAUUCAGGGAUACCUGACCUCCCGUUACAUGAAGUUAACCUCACUUCCGGCACUUAUAAAUUAGUUUGUGCAACACGAAGGCAAGAUCUUAGCAUAUCAUACGUCAUUCUUAUAAACGGCAUCAAAAUUGCUCGAACAGCUACUGUCGACGUGGACUUGGGCUCUGAAGAUAGAAAUGUGGCCUGUCGCGUGAGGACAACAGACAAAUUUACAGAUACCCACACUCUCGGGUUUUCUACCAAUGUUCAUGAAGGCUUUGUUCCAACUGUCUCCUGCCUGCCAAAUUUCUGGGUCAAAGGAAAACGGGAUGAAGUGGAAUGUCGUGUGUCUGGAGUGGCGUGUGAGGCGAUAUCACUGGAUACAGAUAUGUUGUCCACCGGCCAGACCAACGACGCCAUGGUUUUGUCCUGUCAGACGAACCGAACAAGGGAGACGCUGUCUAGUAUCCUGCAAAUAUCCGAUACCAGUUCGGAAACGUUAUUCAUCAAAGUCAGGAGCCAGCUGGAAGACUUCCGGUUCGAAAUCAAAACAGGUAUACCACCCCGCUACGAUGCCCUGGCAAGUACAGCUGAUAUCACAGGUUCCCAUUACAGCUUCAUCUUUAAAGCUGUAGUGACAACACUAUUGAUGCUUCCAAUCGCUACCUUUUUGGAGAUGGUGAUCAUGUAAACAAACCAAUUAAAGAGAUUACCUAAUGAAAAAAGAGCCAACAUGACUGUAAACUAAUUAUCGUAUACCGAGAAAUUUUCGCUGCAGUUCAAAUUUUUUUUUUCGCCCUCAUUUCAGAGGGUACAUUUAUCAUAAUAGCGAAUAAAAGUGAACAGCAUAAAACAUAGGAAUUAAAUGUGAAGGGCAAAAUUAACACUUGGUGAAAAUGUCCCGGUAUUCGUUAUUAAUGUUUGUAAGGUUACGCUUCUGUUACACGAAUUAAUGCACAAUGAUUAUCGAUAACCCCGAUACCUUCAUGUCCAGUGACAAUGUUUAUAGUAUGAGGUUAGGAUGGAGGAAUGAAACAAUGCUUGAGAAAGAAACUUCCCACUGUUUUCCUUAGAUAUUGGGACAACCGGUUUUGCGGUGUUUACUAUAAUCAGAACAUAGAGGGAACAUCGCUUUGUUCAUCUCUAUGAAAACAUUCUAUUUGCAGUGAAACCCCAACGGCUAUUACUUAUAUAUUGAAUAAUUUCAUUGGAGGUCUUAAAAUACACACCUUCGAUAGAUAAGGUAUCAACAGUGUUAUCUAUUUAGAGUAAAUAGUUUAUCAUCUUUCAGUAUUAUCUUCUAAUUUAUCGUUAUGUUUACCUAACAUACCAUAGCGUGUUGCUGAUGUGAGUAUUUGUGACACAUUUUGAUAAAUAUACCCCAGUCAUCUCCCUUUGUCAAAUUAUCUAAAUCCUUUAAUGCUCUUGUUAUUAAACGCUUGUGUUUCGAGAAACCAACUUAUUUCAUUCAUAAUUUUUGAUUUUCGUUAACAUUUAUAUUUCCAAAACCUUGAGCCCUAUGUAGUUGGUAAGGCAAUACGUUAAUUGUUGGACUAUUUGUUGAAUCUGUUGUGUUUAUAUAUGUUUCACAUAAAAUUGCACGACGCUUCUAAGGACAUUAUGGUUUGGUGCCUGUCUACGUAGGACAUAAUGGUUUGGUGCCUGUCUACGUUGGACAUAAUGGUUUGGUGCCUGUCUACAUAGGACAUAAUGGUUUGGUGCCUUUCUACGUAGGACAUAAUGGUUUGGUGCCUGUCUACGUAGGACAUAAUAGUUUGGUGCCUGGCUACGUAGAACAUAAUGGUUUGGUGCCUGUCUACGUAGGACAUAAUGAUUUGAUGCCUGUCUACGUCAAUAUUACAUUGUUUUUUAUGUUCUGUGUCGUCUCCCUCUAAAUUAAACAUUGUGGUUGGCUAUGUUAAUUUUCCCUUGUUAGUAUGACAUUAAACUGUAUAUUCCUUGUGCCUACCAAUGUACAUUAUUGUAUUGUUAUGUUUCCUCUGUGUUCCAUUAUCUCACUAUUAAUGUUAACGAUCAUAUUGAUGAUUUAUACCAUUACGUGACAUUUUUGUAUGCUUCACUGGGACACAGAUUCAAUACUAACAGACCAAUGCAAUGGGGUUAUCCCAGAUGCCUUUGUUUUAUAUGUAUGACAUGCGACUUCUGUAUGAUGACGUUAUUUGUUCUUAUUAUCAUUAUACUCAUGUCAUACUUGACAGUAUACAGGGCACAUUGUAUAACUGUAACAGAAAUGUCCUGAUAUAACACGUUUCAGAUAAUACUUGUACCCAACUGUUAUGAUUUUGUUACUUUUUAUUUUGUUGCAAUAUUUUUUGAGAUACCAUCAUAAAUAUAUUGGUAUUAAUUUUGAACGUAAAAUUUAUUUCAUUUUCUACUAGACUGUUACAGCAAUCAUCUUAUAUAUUGAAGAAUAUUACAAUACAAAGCAAUUCAUGUGAUAAACUCAAUAUAACAGUACACAGCUAUGUAAUUGACUCAUAAUUACCUUAUACAGCAAUGUAAUUGACUCAAUAUUACCUUAUACAGCUAAAUUAUUGGCUCAAUAUUACCGUAUAUAGAUGUAAUUGACUCCAUAUUACAGUACACAGCUAUGUAAUUCACUCCAUAUUACUGUACACAGUUUUAUAAUAAACUCAAUAUAACCUUACACAGCUAUGUAAUUGACUCAAUAUGAUCGUCCACGGCCAUCUAAUUGACACAAUAUUCAUAAACUAAGUUACGUAAUAAGCGCAAUUUGGCCAUACAUGUUGAUUAAUUAUGUGAUCGACUCAAUAUUCCAGUACCAAGCUUUGUUAAAUGUAAAUUUAAUUGACUCAAUAUUAAAACGCAGAGCCUAGUUAUAUUUUUAUUUAGAUUACUCAAUAUAAUAAUACAUAGCUUUGUUAUAUUAGUAUUUAAUGGACUCAAUAUUGCUGUGCAGACCUUGUUAUAUUUCUUUUUAAUGGACUCAAUAUAACUGUACAGACCUUUGCUUCAUUUCUAUUAAAUUGACUCAAUAUUUCAGUACAAAGCUUUGUUACAUUUCUUUUUAAUUAACUCAAUAUAACUAUAAAGACCUUUGUUUCAUUUCUAUUUAAUUGACUCAAUAUUCCAGUACAGAGCUUUGUUACAUUUAUAUUUAAUUGACUCAAUAUUACUGUAUAGACCUUUGUUACAUUGUAAUUGGCUCAAUUAUACAUUACAAAGCUUUGUUUCUUUUUGUAUUUGAUUGACUCAACAUAACAGGACAAACCUUAUUUGUGUGAUUGACUCAAUGCUGCAGCACAAAGUUAACUUUGAUUCCAUAUUGUAUUUUCAUUAGCAGAAGACUCUACUUUUGUACGAAAUGUUUUCAGUGGUAUAUCAAUAGCUAGUCUAAAAAGCUCUUUUUAAUAUGGCCAGACAUUUGGCAAGUCUUUUUCUUACUGUUCAUUGUGAAAAAAAAAUCUUAUUUUGUAUCGCACCUGUACUGAUUAGUGUUAAAUCCUGAUAUUUUAGCCUACGAAGAAAGAUUGAAAUAUGAUUGUAAUUUAAGUUAGUCAAAACGUAUAACUAACAUUAGUUGUAUUAAUUGUCACUCUAUAAGUAAAUGGCCCUUCUGAUGUUAAGUUAUACUUACCUAUAAAAUAGCAUUAUAAUUCAGACGAUUUCUAGAAUAAAGCAUACCAAGAUGAGCUCUGUCUUUAUUUAGUUACAUAACACGAGCUCUGUCUAUAUUUAGUUACAUUACACGAGCUCUGUCUUUAUUUAGUUACAUAACACGAGCUCUGUCUAUAUUUCGUUACAUAACACGGGCUCUGUCUUUAUUUAGUUACAUAACAUGGGCUCUGUCUUUAUUUAGUUACAUAACACGGGCUCCGCCUUUAUUUAGAUACAUAACACGGGCUCUGCCUUUAUUUAGGUACGUAACACGGGCUCUGUCUUUAUUUAGUUACAUAAAACGGGCUCUGUCUUUAUUUAGUUACAUAACACGA